AUGCCCAAAGUCUUCCUGGUAAAGAGAAGAAACCCAGUAGCUGCGAUCCGCAGUUGGGAUGAACUCCCGGACGAGGAAAGAGCCGACACCUACAUCCCAGUGAGCCUGGAUUGCAUGCUCCACUACAGCACCGAUGACUACCGCAGCGAGAGCAGCAGCAAUAGCAGCAGCGAGAGCGGCAGCGGCAGCAACGGGGACCCCGGGGGCGCCGACCUCUGCUGCUUGGGGAGCGGCAGUGGCGGCUCCGUGCAGGAGCCGGAGCCUAGGGACCAUCUCGCUCCCCAGUCGGGAGCCCCGGAGCCCAGGACCAACGAGGAGCCAGCGCUGCACCUGGCAGGAAAGCGCCCGACCGCCAGGUCUAAAAUCAAGUUCACAACAGGGACCUGUAAUGAAGCUACGGUGUAUAGCUGCGAGUUGUGUGGCAAAGGCUUCCGUCUCCAGCGGAUGCUCAACAGGCAUCUCAAAUGCCACAACCAGGUGAAAAGGCACCUGUGCACCUUCUGUGGCAAAGGCUUCAAUGAUACUUUCGACCUGAAAAGGCAUGUCCGGACUCACACAGGUAUUCGCCCCUACAAAUGUGAGAUCUGCAACAAAGCCUUCACCCAGCGCUGCUCUUUGGAGUCUCAUCUGAAGAAGAUCCACGGGGUCCAGCAGCAGUAUGCCUACAAACAACGUCGGGACAAGCUGUACGUCUGCGAGGACUGCGGCUACACGGGUCCUACGCAAGAGGACUUGUACCUACAUGUAAACAAUGCCCACCCAGGAAGUGCUUUCCUCAAAAAGACAUCAAAAAAACUGGCCGCCAUUUUACAGACGAAGCUAACUUCUGUUCUCCAGAGGAAUGCUAAACUAAAUGAGGAGGACAAAUGAGGAGAAAGAAGGAGAAAAAGAGAGGGACUAAUGUUAUGAAGUUUACAUGUUUGAUAAGUUCCUAUGCUGGUUUUGUUCCCCUCUCUUCCUAGAUUUUUUUUAAAUUAAGAAAAGUUCAGAGAUCUCUCUGUCCCUUCUGGUUCCUCAAGAUAGUGGCCUCAUUCGCCUUUGAUCCUUUAUGAUACUACCACUUGUAACGUUGGUGUCUAGUCUUGAAACUGAGAGAAAUUGAAGCAAGACUGGUUUUUUUUUUUUUAAACAGGGGCCGCUGUUGUGUUUUGUACAAUCGUUGUUAGGACUCUAUAAAAAAGGAUAAAGGUCUUCUUGAAGACAUUACCGUUUUUGUUCUACGAGAUCCUGGGUUGUUGGUACCUUGAAGGAAAGGUAUCCUCACUCAAAUGUUGUUAAGAUGAGAAUGGGAUUAUUUCCUUUCUAACCAAGUUUACAGAAAUUAUUUUAAUAAAUGAAAUGGCCCUAUGAACCUUUUUUUCUAAGAAGAGACCAACUAUAUUUUCAUGUCAGGCUUACGGUGUGAACUUUGAUUUCAGAUUAUGUUUUUGAUUGUUUUUGUGAUUGGUUGGGAAGAGAGUUCUUGUUUGUUUGCUUUUUUAAAUUGAGGCAGUUAAAAGCUGGAGCUAAAAAAUCAGAGCUAAAUGUGCAGCAUCCAAAAUGCAGAUCUUCAAGAUCCCCCACCUUCCCUUGGCAGUCCUGUGGGUUCCUUGUUGGCACACUGUCAAGGUGCUGCUGCAA